UCAUCAACUCAAAAACAAACAAGUAAAACACAAAUAAAUAUUUUCUUUGUCAUUUUUUAUUUUAAUACAAAAUCCCACCAUGGCUAAGAAAUGUUUCCUUUCUUUUCCCGAAGCUCAUUCUCUUUGCAUUGUCACCCUCUUUACGCUAAUGUUCAUCCAGAUUUCCGCCCGGCCAGCAACAUUUGCCGAUGAUUUCAAAGCCGCAUGGUCCGAAUCUCACAUCCGUCAAAUCGACGGCGGAAAAGCUAUCCAACUUGUCCUCGACCAGAGCACAGGAUGUGGAUUUGCUUCAAAAAGAAAGUACCUAUUCGGAAGAGUGAGCAUGAAGAUCAAACUCAUUCCCGGCGACUCUGCCGGUACCGUCACCGCCUUCUACAUGAACUCGGAUACGGACACCGUGAGAGACGAGCUCGACUUCGAGUUCUUGGGAAACCGAAGUGGCCAGCCUUACUCGGUGCAAACAAACAUAUAUGCUCAUGGUAAAGGAGAUAGAGAACAAAGAGUUAAUCUUUGGUUCGAUCCGGCUUUGGAUUUCCACACUUACACUAUCCUUUGGACACACAAACACAUUGUUUUUUACGUAGACGAUGUGCCAAUAAGAGAAUACAAAAACAAGGAGGCCAAGAACAUAGCCUACCCAACCUCACAACCUAUGGGAGUUUACUCAACAUUAUGGGAAGCUGAUGAUUGGGCGACACGUGGUGGAUUAGAGAAAAUUGAUUGGAGCAAAGCUCCGUUUUCUGCUUAUUAUAAAGAUUUCGAUAUCGAAGCUUGUCCUGUUCCUGGACCCACCUUUUGUCCAUCGAACCCUCACAAUUGGUGGGAAGGUUACGCGUAUCAGUCACUUAACGCCGUCGAAGCUAGACGUUACCGUUGGGUUAGAGUAAAUCAUAUGGUCUAUGAUUAUUGUACCGACCGGUCUAGGUAUCCGGUCCCACCACUCGAGUGUCGUGCUUGAAAAAUAAUACCAUGUCCAUACGUACGUACAAUGAUCAUGUUUCUUCUUGUACGAGAUUUUAUCUAUAUAAAUUGUGGUAAAAUGUGAAUUCUGUAUUAUCUUAUAUGCAAUUCUGCAUAAUACAUAAGUAAAGUGGUGUGUAAUGGCUAACCUGUGGUUA